CCCAAACCGACCACGUUCGCUCUCCCGCUCGCAUUUUGGAUCCCUCUUUCUUGUCUCCCUCCCCGAAGACCUGCCAUCCGAUUCCGCCUGCAGGACUGUCCCUCUCCCUCUCGUCGGGUCCUUUAUCCUAUCCCUCCCUUCCUUCACCAUGAGUGCCUCCAAGGCGGAGUCUCAGAAGAUCUUUGAGAAGCUAAAACUCAAGCCCGCAAACAAGAUCUGCUUCGAUUGCGGCUCCAAGAACCCAACAUGGUCGUCUGUACCUUUCGGUAUCUACCUGUGUCUGGACUGCUCGGCUCACCACCGUAACCUGGGUGUCCACAUCUCGUUUGUCCGCUCUACCAACCUCGACCAAUGGCAAUGGGAACAGCUCCGGACUAUGAAGGUCGGUGGCAAUGAGUCCGCUACCAAGUACUUCCAAUCGCACGGUGGAUCUGCCGCUCUGGCUAGCAAGGACCCGAAAGUCAAGUACACCUGCAACGCCGCCGUGAAGUACAAGGAGGAACUUAAGAGACGGGCUGCACAGGAUGCGCAACAAUACCCCGAGGAGGUUGUGAUUACAGACAUUCCUGCUGGCACUCCAUCCAACGGCUCCAGCACACCAGCCGGUGAGGAUGACGACUUCUUCUCCUCAUGGGACAAGCCAUCCAUCAAGCGCCCAAGCAACCCUCCUUCCCGUACCGGUACCCCUCCGGUUGUCAGUCGCACUAGCUCUCCGUUCCUGAACUCCGGCGCAAACGGCUCGCGUUCCAAAUCUCCUUUGUCCGCCUCCGACAAGGACAGCGCUUCCCCUGCUCCUACCGCCAUCCGGUCCAGUGCUGCCGUUCGGAAGACUGCGUCGACCACCACUGCAAAGAAGGGCAGUGUGUUGGGUGCCAAGAAGGCCCCCAAGCUGGGAGCUAAGAAGAUUGUCGCUGCGGAGUCCAUCGAUUUCGAAGAGGCCGAGAGAAAGGCUAGGGAAGAAGCCGAGCGCAUUGAAAAGCUGGGCUACGAUCCUGAAGCUGAGAAGGCGGAGGCUGAUGCCAAGGCCAAGGCUACUAGCACCGCUGCCACGGCGAUCGCUUCGCCAACUCCUAUUAGCCCUAGCAAGAACACCCAAGAACGCAGCUCGGGUGAUGUGGAGCGCCUUGGAAUGGGACUUGGAAGGCUAGGGUUUGGACAAACUGUUGGCGCCGCGAAGCCCCCUGCCCCGAAGAAGUUGGGCUUCGGUGCUGUUCCUUCCAGGUCUGUAGCUGAUGACGAAGAGCUGAAGCAGGCUAAGUCCCGAUUUGGCAGCCAGAAGGGCAUCUCCUCCGACGAGUUUUUCGGACGGGAACGAUUUGACCCUGCUGCGCAGGCCGAGGCUAAGGACCGUCUUCGUCAAUUUGACGGUGCCACUGCUAUCUCUAGCAACUCCUACUUCGGCCGUCCUGAGGACGAGCUUCCCGCUGCGGACGAUACCUAUGGAGAUCUUGAGAAUGCCGCCAAGGACUUUGUGCGUCGGUUCGGUAUCACCGCGGGCGAUGACCUGGAAAACCUGACGCAGCUUGUCGGGGAGGGUGCAACUAAGCUGCAAGGCGCUAUACGCAGCUAUCUGAACAGCUAAGCAUGUGCACUUCGAACACCACACCGAUAACGCUUUCAAUUCUUACCUCCGGCUUAUCCCGACCCUUGUUAGCCAGCUUUAUACUCGAUCUCCUUCACAUGUGGCGUUUCUGUCUCCAUCUUCUAUUCCCCUGAUUAGUACCCUCAUAAACAGAUGUCUUUCGACGACGUGGUUGGCGCAGUGCCCCCGUAUGAUUAGAACUGCUGGACAUCAAAAGAUGCGUUUACUGGGAUGAACGGUCCAGGUCGGUUCUCUCGCUCUCAUCAGUGCCGUUCUUCUGCGUUAGUUAAAAUCAUUAAUUGUCUUCCAUUGAACAUUUUGACAACCUUGGAUUCUUGUAUAUUUGUUGAACACGAGUAGGUUACGAGUGCUAGAAUCAAGUUGAUGAAUUGAGACAUUG